GUGUCCUCCAUGGACAAUGAAUGUGCAGGAACGGUCUUUUUUUUUCAUUGGUUGUUGGGACGAUUCUUUGUAACUGAUGACGUCUUCCAUUUCCAGGUGUAUUAUAUUCUCUCCCGUUGCCACUAUGGAUUGGAAGAGGAAAAGAGGAGAUUCGGGAUUAAGAAACUGUUAAAUAACGGCACCUACAAUUCGGCCUUCCCGCUCCAUGACUGCCAGUACUGGAAGAAGUCUGAGGACACCAAGUGUAUCAGUGAGAGGUACACCUUAUACAAACACUGGGCCAGGUUCGGGAAGUUCUACAAGGAGCAGCCGCUCGACCUCAUCAGGAAAUAUUACGGAGAGAAGAUCGGUAUCUACUUUGCUUGGCUGGGUUUCUAUACGGAAAUGCUGUUUUUCGCUGCUGUUGUCGGAUUUUUUUUUUGCUUCAUGUACGGCUGGAUAACAAUGGAUGACAGCAUCAGUAGUAAAGAAAUUUGUGAUAAAACCAUUGGUGGUCAG